UUUUUUUUCUAAAAAAAGACUUUUAAAUUAAAAAAAAAAAAAAAAGACUAUUUUUUAUCUAAACACUUUUAGAAUAAUUUUUUUAAUUUUAUAAGUUAAAAAAUUGCAAAUAUUGAUGAAAAAAAUUGUAUUUGAGUGAGUUGAAAUUUGUAAUUACUGAUUUUCCUUGUUCUUUUUGAAAAUUAUAAAAAGAAAACAAAUAGAAAAAUGAAGUUUUUGCACCAGGGAACCUAAUUUUGCACUUAUUUACGGAUUUGGCCUCGCUUUAAAUAAUACGGUUUUAUACCGUUUUUUUUUUCAAAUUUUUUAUGCCACGUAUACCGUUUAUUGUGUUAUUGGUUUUGUCCAUAUCUGAUACGUGUAUUACACGUUUAUAGGGAUAUAGGCUAGAUUUGCUUUUUUCAGUUAGUCCCAAUCAGUCACGAUCAUUUCCUUCUUUUUCUUUAAUCUUCUCUCUCUCUCAUUGUUCAGUUUCAAAACUUUUCUUGCUUAACCAGUCACGAUCUUAGACGGUUGAUUUCCUCAAGGUUCUAUAUAUUUUGAAUUGAUCAAAGUUUGAAUGUGGUGGUAUGGCUAUUACUAGAAGUUCGAUUUCUCCAUCACCGUCUGGUUCGAAAAGAAAAGAUGUUGGUGAUGAGGAAGGCAAUGUGAGGAAAAUGUCUUUGGGUGAUGAUAAGAGUGAUGAUUCUGUUAGCAGGGAUGUUGUGAAUGAGAGGAGGAGUAAGAAGAGUAACGAUCCUGUGUCUAAGGAUGUUGUGAAUGAGAAGAGUAAGAAAAUUAACGAGAAGGUUGCUGAGAGUGUGAAGAAGAGUUCAGUGAGUUCUUUGGCGAAGAAAAAGAGUCGUGUGCCUGAUAUUGUUCCUGAUGAUCGUAAAUCGAAGAAGUUAAAGUUGAAGAGUGUGGCAGAGGUUGAUGAAGGAGAUCUAGAUUCUGAGGAUGAAAGUAGUAUUGCUAUUCCUUCGAAAGCCAAGUUGUGGGAAUUUUACUUGAAGCCAGAGGAAAGAUUUUGUGGUAAAAUCAUUUUCUGGGCUCAUAAUGAUGAUGUUUUAGUAGAUAUUAGAGCAAAAUUGACUGAGAAGCAGCGUGCUAUGUUUGUUGCAACUUGUUUUGGGCAUUUAUUGGAUAUUCAGUCUUAUAAGUUGCAGCAUCAGAUUUUUCACACUGCAUUGAAUAGGGAAGUCCAUCAACCAAAUUCGAAAGAGAUGUGGUUUGAUUUUGGUCAUGAUAGGGUUCGUUUUGGUUUAGGGGAGUUUGCUGUUAUUAGUGGUCUGUUGUGUAAGGGUGAUAUUGAUAUGAUGAAGUAUGUUGGGAAGGGAGACGUGUUUGUAGAUAAGUACUUUAGUGAUAUGACGGUUACUCAUGGAGCCGUUAAGCAGCGUUUUCUGAGUAGUACUUUUAAAGAUGAUGACUUUGCAGUUAGGAUGGCAGUGUUGUAUUUGGUUACUAACUACUUGUUAAGCAAACCUCCAGAUAAACAUGUUAGUAUUGAGUUGUUACAUUUGGUAGGUUCGGGUGAGUUUGAUAGUUUCCCAUGGGGCAAGGUUGUUUAUGAUACUACAUUGUACUAUUUGAGGCUUGGUUUGAAAGGUAAGAAGGGUGCUAGAUUGAAAGCUCUUUCUAAGGCAAAAGGAAUUGAUAAGAAGGGGAGUGAUUCAAAUUGUAAAACUUACAAAUUGGCUGGGUUUCCUUUCAUCUUCCAAGUUUGGUUGUAUGAGGUUAUUCCUCUUUUUAGAAGUCAAAACAUUUGUACUUUUGACCCUUCUUCAACAUAUAGGGUGUGUAUGUGGUCCAGUGCGAAAGAAGUUACUUCAAGUGAGGUAGAGAGGAAAAUCUACUUGUCAUCUAAGCUUUCAGUGACUCCUGUGUUUCCUUCUGCUGAGGAGAAUGAGAAAUUUGAUCUUACUGGAUUUAAUUUUUCUUAUUUUUCAUUGUCUGAUGAUGAUUUUGAGAGUGUGAAAGUACCUAAGAGGCAGUUAGACAAGGGUGAGUCUUCAGGUGUUAAGGAAAAAGUUACUGUUGGGGGUCCUAUGUUUGAUGAUGUUAAACAUUAUGUGAUGCGUAUUAUCAAUAAGCAAUCUGAGAUUGGGAGUUCUUUGAAGGAGCUGAGGAAGGAUAUUGAUGAUAAGUUUGUUCAUUUUGAGAGUAAAAUGAAGGCUCACAUUGAUUCUAAAAUUGAAGAGGGUUUGGUUUUGUAUUUGGAUAAGAAGUUUUCAGAUUUAAAUGAUGUGUUGGAGGGCUUGAAAGAUUGUGUUAAUAGUCAGAGGUAUGAUGAUCAGAAUGGUGGUGAUGGGAGUGAUGAUAGUGGUGGUGCGGAUGAUGAUGGAAGUGAUGGCGGUGAUGGCGGUGAUGGCGGUGAUGGCGGUGAUGGUGGUGAUGACAGUGGUGAUGGUGGUGACGGGGACGAUGAUAAUUCUGAUUCUGGGAAACUUGAUGAUAUUGAUGUGGAAAAUGAGGAUGAUGGUGAGGGUAAUGGUGCAGCUGUUGAUGAUUUGGGUGGUGUUAAAGAUGAUGGUGCUGAAGUUUAUAAGGAAAUAAGACAAAUAUCAGAUGCUGUUGUUAAUGAAGUUGUCGUUCAGGCUGGUGAUCAACAUGCUGAGGAUUGCAUGGAUAAGGUUGGUAAUGAUCGUCCAAGUUUUGAUAUUAUGGGUUCCUUGUUGGCCCAGUCUGAAAAUGUUGUAGAUUUGUUGGAAGAUAAAAAAAUUGUUGGGGAUGACAAUGUUAUAGAAGCAUCUAAAAGGGAUAGUGAGAGCACUGACGAUGGUAUUACAUCUGCUGAGAUGUUAAUUAUAUCAGAGAAAGUGGAUGCUGUUUGUCAUGAUUAUGAGUUGAAGAAGAGUAUGGAAAAAUCCAAAGUUAUUGAUUUGGGUAGUGCUGGUACCCCAAGGGAUUUGGAAGGUGUUAUUAGAAUUGACUUUGGUGAUUCGUCCGGAAAAUCUGAUAAGAUUGGUGAAACAAAGUAUUUGAAAGGUCUACACCCUUUCAAUUCUGAGUUGCUAGAUCCACCGCAUUGUCUUCAACAAGAUUCAUUUGAUGAGUGGUUUCUUGAUGGCUUUAAUGACCAGAAUAAGAAGAAGAAGUUUGUUAGGGGAAAGAACAUGUUGGAUUCACCUUUGGAUUUCUCAAUUGAUUCUGUUAGUGAUAAAUGGUGGUUUUAUGAUCUAUUGACGCCUGGGAGAUGUUUGUCUGACUCUCAUUUGGAUGUUAUAUUUUACUACUUGAGAAAGAAACUGAAGUAUGAUCCUCGGGUUACUGUUUCUGCAACUACGACAGAUUUUAAUUUUUACAACAAGGUGGUUGAGUUGUAUGAUAACUUUGUGAAGUCUAAGAAAAAUAUUGAUUCUGUGCCUAAGAGUAAUAUGGUAAUUGAGUAUAUGGAGGGGUAUUGUAUGUAUGCUAAUACUCGGUGGUUGUUUGUUGAUUAUGUUUUGAUAUAUGUUCAUGUCAAAGAUGAUCAACAUUGGGUUUUAGUUGUUUUUGAUAUAAAGAAUAGGUGUCUCAAUGUCUAUAAUUCAAUGUGGUCGAAAAGAGAUGGUGACAAGACGACAGGAUUGUAUAUCAGGCCUCUUGCUGUUAUGUUGCCAAUAUGUUUGCAUUUGAUGGACUUUUAUAGUCGAAGGGAGGAUAUUGACCGAAGCAAAGGUUGGUUUAGAGGGAAGAAAGACAGUGACAAGCUUGAUGUGUUUACUGUGACUAAUCUGCCCCAGCAAUUGGAUAAUGACUGUGGGUUGUUUGUUGCUAAGUUUGCUGAGUUUUUUAUCCACGGUGCGAUUGAUUUACUUCCAAAUCCAUUAGAUGUGAAGUUCUUUAGAAACAAGCUUGCUGUGGAUCUGUAUGUUCAUGCUAAGAAGAAGGAGAUCAAUGGGUACGAGUCUGAAUCUGAGUUUCCAGGGAGGAUUGGAAGAAGUGGACAGAAAUGAAGGCUUAGGUUUAGAAGUGGACAGAUUGGAAAAUGCAUAGUAACUUUUUUGAAUUGUUUGUAAAUAGUUACAAUAUA